GGUGGCCAUCAAUACUCCGACGUUGAAGGUCGUCAAGUUCACGCUCGAGGGCUACGACAAGGCCGACAAGAAGAAGCUGAUGGACAAGGACGAUGCUGAGCUGCGCAAGAUCGAGCUGCAGGCCGAGAAGGCGGGGAAGUCUGGCAAGAAGUCGCGGCUCGCCUUCUCCAGGGUGGCGAUCGCGGACGACGCUGGCGAGUCUUUCGUUACCAAGGACCUCUUCAAGCUCCUCGGGGUGACCGAGGACGCGGACUCCAAGGAGGUCAAGAGUAAGUUCCGGCGGCUGUCAGUGCAGAACCACCCCGACAAAGGGGGCGACGUUAAGGUUUUCAACGAGAUGCGCGAGGCCUUCGAGGUGCUGGGGGACAACGAGCAGCGGAGGU